GGAGAUUGCAAUAUUCAUUUAAUUGUUUAUUUCAUAAUGUUACUUUGUUAACCUUCACUUUAUUAUUUUGCAUUACAAAAUUUGCAAUUUUUAUACCUUACCAUUACAUAUAAUACUCCUAUAUUUUAAUUUUGAAUUAUUCUUAUUAUUUAUUUAUUAGCAGAUGACAUUUUUUGUUCUCACAUCCUUUUACGAUUGUUUUUGGUUGUUAUCUUGUCUUUUCUCAGUCCUGAUGAAGGCCUGCAACUUAGGCCGAAAAGUCAGUAUAAAAUAAAAUAAAAAUAUUUUUAUUUGUGUGUUCACUCUAACACUCCAAUCUAGUGACAUAUAAUUUACACAAACAAUGGUUCAUCUUAUAUUGCAUUGUCAGUAAUUCUAUUUUAGCAUUAUAUACUGUCCAGCUUAGUAAGAAUAAAAUAUGUUCCAUCAAAGUUAGUUUUAAGAUUAACAAACUGCUGCAAUCAUAAAAAAUUGAUUUUAAAACUGUAAAAAAUAAAGUGAAUGCAAUUAUUUUCUUAAUCAGUCUUUAUUUAGAUAUCUAUAGUUAGAUUAGUUUUCUGCAUUGAUAUUGAAAAGAGAUUCGUCACUUUAAUUGAAUCUUCCUUAUUCAAAAUUAAUAAGAAAUAUUUCUCAAAAUAAAAGUUCCAUGUUAAUUUUUUUGUUAAAUUUGGUAUCAAAAUUACUUUAUGAUAUAUUUGCCUUAAGGUCCAUGAAACUGCAAAGUUAAAAAAAAAAAAACAGUCAAGUAUAUUACAUUUUUUAACAGAUCUAUUUAAUCAAUAAUGGUGUUAGCUCUUAAAAGAAAUAUGUCAAUCAUUAUCUGUACUUGAUACUAUUUUUUAAAAUACGAAAUUCUUAGCAGUGAAUUUAAAUUACAAUGGUCACAGGUGUAAUAAGUUUUGACUAACGCUAAAUUAAACCCAUAUUUUUUAGUGAACAGGUUUUCUUGAAACUUGCCUAAAGUCUUCUAAUUAAAGCCAUUAACUUAUAUACCUAAUACAACCAUUAGGAAAAGCAGGGGGAAAAAGAUAUGAGGAAAUGUAAAUUUUAUUUUUUGAAAAAUAAAAUAAAAUAAAUUUAUAUUGGACCAGUAUUAGUUAGCAAAGAUAUAGAAGAUUAGACUUCACUAAAGUAUUUUCCACAAUUUUCCAUUGAAAACUACUCACUUUUGUUUAGUUGGCUCGAUAAAAUGAAAAUUACAAAUUUCCCGGUACAUUCCAGAGGUUAAUAAGAAAAUAUAAUUAAACUGUCAACAUAGCUUAACUUAAUAUAAAAAAAACUUAAUCGAACUAAUAUUAGUAAAGAUACAGCAAACAAUUUAAAUAUUGGAUUUUAGACCCAAAACAGUGAGGAAAUUCCAUUACGUGACCAUAGCAGAAUUUGAUUUGAUUUUAGAAUUAGUUAAUAUACUGCAGCUCUAUAAUUAAUAAAAAACAAUAAAAGAAAAACGGAAUUUUUUAGUUUAAAAAAAUUUAAAUGUGUUGUCUAAAACAUUUAAAAUUAUGAUAGAUUUUUCCAGUUUAAGAAGGGAAUGUAAUUUAACAUUAAGUUAAAAAAAAAAAAAAAUUAUAUUAGUAAGUAAUUCUAAUACAAGGUUUAAUUAAUUAUAAGUAAAGUUGUUAGGACAUACACAUUUUAAUUUUCUUGGUCUGAAAGGUAAUAACGUUAUGGGCAAUACUAACAACAAUCAUUGUUUUAAUUGAUUUCCAUUUUUAUCUUUAUAAAAAAUUUACAUUCUUUAGAAAUAUAUUUUUAUUUCACUCUAUGUGAACUACAUAUUAUUUAAAUUAAUAAAUUAACUCAAGUAAUUGAAAAACUAAAAUAAUUAAAUAUGUGCAUCCUCAUAUUGAUGAAGCUUACACAAAUUUAUGAUUUUCCCCAAUAAAAUAAUUGUUUCAAUAUAACUUCUUUUAUUUACAACUCUAUUUGUAACUAACUAUAUUGUUUAUAUAUAAGUAUACAUUAUUACAAAAAAAUAAUAAAGAAAUAAUUUUUGUACAUUUUUAUAAAUUGAAUAUAGUUGAUAAAAUAAAUGAGAAGAUCCUUGACAGAAUUGGAAAAUUCCAUGUAUUUUUUAAAAAAUAUUUUAAGCUAUAAUAUUUUGUUAACUACAAUCAAAAAUGAACAAAAUAAUUAUCAUAACUCCAAAAAUGUAUAUACAUGAGUUUUUACCAUUAUUCUGAUGUUCUAUGUACAUGGUAUUUACAAAUUAUUUGCAUAGUUGAAUGUACAAAGUAUUCACAUACACAACCAGAUCUCUAUAUAACUGGUAUAAAUUUAUUAAAAUUUAACAGGCAGUUUCAAAUAUGUUUACAAGGCUAUGAGUUUUAUAAAAAUGGUAAAAUCAAAACUUGGAUAAUGACCUAUCAUAUGUCCACAAUAAAUUUAAUUAUUGUGUUCAAAAUAAGCCUCCAUUAAAAGAUUUUAAAAACUGAAUUAAUUCAGCGUAUAAAAUAUAUAUAUACCUUUUUUAAUAAAUUAACAAAGAAAGUAAUCAAAAAUUAAUUUUUAAUUUUAUAUAAAUAUAUAUAUAUAUAUAAUAUAUAUUAAUAUAUGAGAAUAUGUAUUUCAGAAAUGACUCACUGACAUUAUUUAUAUAAAAUCAUUUUUCUUUUACUAUAAUAAAUUUUGUCUGUCAUUUCAAAAGUAUUUUAUUAUACAUUAAAACUAAUCUAACUUAUGAGCUAAUAGUAACAUCAAACCUACGUAGGCAGACCCCUGGCUUUCCUACAACCAGGACAGAACCACUGUCCCCGCGGUGGUACAAGGAUACCCACACACUCAAAGUGGAACCACUCAAUUUUACAGUUCGCAUCAUCACAUGCUAUCAUUUCAGAAACCUCAUCAUAAGGGCAUCGACAAUAGCAAUAAACAUCUUUUUCUGCUUUUAUAGGCUCUUCAGCAACUGGCCGUGGGAGUCUUUCUUCUAUAUCACUAGCACUACUGUCAGAGGAUUCACUAGUAGAGUGUUGUUUUGAUUUCAUACUGGCUUUAUGAUAUGUAGGUUUCCUGAUAACCUGCUUCGGAACAGUCAAUUGGAUCCUUGGGGUAGGAGGAGCCAGAUUGGGUUGGAUCUUGGGUGUCUGUAUAAGCGUCAUUUGAGACUCCAAUUUCCUCCACUUGGGUGCCUGUUUAGGAGUUUCUUCAUCAUCCCCACUUGAGUACCCAUAGAACUUAUUUGGUACUCUUCUUCUUUUUGACAAGCGUGUAUUAUCAGUUUCUGAACCACUUCCCCCAGCUUCAGGUAAUGAAGGACUCUGAGGAAUGGGUGGCUGUGGCUUGUGUUUUGGAGUGGUCAUUCCUUGUUGAAACGGACUAUAUUGCUUUGACUCAUUUAAGAAUUUUGGAUAAGAAUCCGAAAGAGAUAACGUUUUCUCAGUUUUAGCAACUUUAGGAGUCAUAGCAAGUUUCCGUUUUCUUUUAGGUUUUGUUUUUUGCUUUGGUGUUUCAACAGGCUCAGGUGCUUGAGGUGUAGCAGUAGGUUCUUGAGUAGGAGCUACAAUAGUUGGAGAUGUAUUACCAUUAUUUACUGGGGUUCCUGUUGCCAGAAGUACCAAUUGCCUCUUUUCAGCAAGCAUUUGAUUCGCAAUUAUCUGUGGUUGCCUGUCAUAAAACUCUUCAUCAGACGUUGUUUCAUCAGUUUCUAACUCUGAUUCACGAAUAGGAGGAUCAUCAGGUAUGAUCGGGAGAACUGGUUCAGGCUCUUUUGAAAGAGCUUCUUUAUUUAUUUCUAGCUCACUUUCAGAUUUCUGCUUGAUUCUUUUGUCUUUCCUUUUCUUCCUCUUAUCAAGCUUAAUCUUGUCUUCAUUUGUAGAACUAUCUGAAUCUGAACUUGAUGAUGAAGAACUGUUUGAACUUGAACUUGAACAGCUGCAGUUAGUACCACAACUACAUGAAGAUGUAUCACUAUCGCUACUCGAAUCACUUGAGGAUGAACUGUUAUUAUCAUCAGGGGUUUUGGAUAUUUUCUUUUUUGGUGAUUUUAAUUUUUUCUUAGACAUGCCAGUGGGAGUUAAUGCAACUUCCUGUUCUUUUGGAGGAGGGGUUUGAGGUUUUUCAGGUAUGAUAGGAGUGACUUCUUCCAGUUUAUCAUCAGAUAAACUUGUAACUAAAUUAGAAACAGAUGGUAAAUUUUCUUUGAUAAUAGGAUCAACUUUGGCCUGUUGGCAAUAAUCAUGGUCACCCAUUAUAAUACUGUAAGCCACCUCAGACUUCAUGGCACACAAAGGAAAAGGUAAUUUUGAGUUUUGGGGAUUAGUUUUAUAAAAAUUUUCCCAAAUCCCUUCAACCUGAUCAUUCUGAGUUGCAUCCCCUUCUUCAAUUUUUACUUGAUCUUUAUCUAUUGGUAACAAAGCAUUAACAGUGGUGUUGUCAAAAGGAGAACUUUGGUGUGGUGAUAAAGGUUUUGAGGAUGUUUUUUCAAAACCAAUUUCAUGUUUAUUUAGGCCUGGCUUUAAAGAAUUAUCACUCAUUCCUGAAUUAAGUUGAUCAUUUAAGAUAGGUAAACUAUUAUUUAGUUUAUCUUCAAUGGUGUCAUCUAAUUUUGCAGUAUUAGGAUCAUUAUGUGAAUCUUCUACUGAAGGAACUAACUUAGUUUCAGACAACACAUCUAAGCUAUUAAAAUCCUUCACCUCUUUCGAAGAUAAUAUUUUAGAGGAUUCUUCUUCAUCAGAACUAUCACUUUCGGAAGAUAGGUUGAGAGGAGGAAGAUCAUAAACAUCAACUACCUUCUUUUCUUUCCUUUCUCUUUCUUUUUUAUGUUUCUUAUGACCUUUAUCUUUUCCAUCAGUUUCCUUAUUAGCAUCUGGAUUUUCAUUUUGGGGACAUUCUUUCCCAUCAUUUAAAUCAGUUACAUUAAUGAUUUCUUCUUUAUCUUCUUGUGGGCUAUUUAACAAUUUUUCUUUUCUCUGAGCAAUAGCAUUGUGCCUUUCAAGAUGACGGCUAAGUAAUUUCUUUGAAACAUAUUUCUUUUCACACUGUUCACAAGAGUAAGGAUAAUCAUUUCCAUGAAUCCUUUUAUGAACUUUCAGAGCAACAGCUUUUGAGAAGGAGGUGUUACACUCUUCACAAAUAAAAGAAGUUGGUGGAAUACAAAAGUGAUAAACAUGAGGCCAUUUUUUUUGCAAACAUUUUUUGCAAAGGACACUUUCGGUACCAUGUUUCCAAAAGAGAUGCUUAGUUAUAUCAGGUUUACUGGCAUAUGCUAUACCACACCUAUAACAUAAAUGAUUCAAUUUGUGUUUCCACAUAUGAGUAGAUAAUUUCUGUUGAUCACUACACAUUUCUAAACAUAUAUCACAGGUGUGAUGUGAUUUUCGAAGGUGAACCAUUAAUCUAAAUGCUGAAGGAAUAGUAUCAAGUCUACAGAAGCAGCAACGAAAUAUUAAGUCAACAUUAUGGAAUUGAACUUUUGCAAAAUAAGAGCCUGGACAAAUAUGACAAAUGAGUUCACUAUAACUAUAGAAAUUAGAUUUACACAUAAUACAUAAAAGCAGUGACUUGGUAUGACAUUUCUUUUUGUGUGCAUAUAAAUCUUUAUGAGAAGAUGAAACAUAACUACAUUGAAAGCAGUCGUAAUUCUUUUCUUGGUCAUAUGGAAUGUGUAUUAAAGGAUCUGAACUGUCGUAUGUUUCAGUAUUGAAAUACAUAUUCUCCAACGUGUCCAAGCAACUUGAGAUUUUUCUAACCACAUCAUCAUGGGUUUCAUUUUUAACAGGUGUGUAUCGAUGUUCUGACAAUAAAUGUAAUGCUAACUGCUUUCCAUUUACAGCAAUUUUACAGGCAUGUCGACAAUAAUUACAAGAAAGACAAGAAGUGCGAACACAUUCUUUAACAACUGCUUGUAUGGGUACAUUUUCAAUUUUAUCAUCUAAAGUCAAAGCCAUUGUUGCAACAUCUUCUCCAGCUAACGUAAUUUCAUUUGAGUCUAAUUUUCCAAUAUUUUUGGAUUGAUUUGUAUCUUCUUUGGGUGAAUCAUUUCCAUUUUCUGGAGUUGCAUCAUUAUUUCGGAAUUCUGUAUCACUGUUAUUAGUGUUUUCAUCAACAACUAAGGACAAUUUUUGACUAUCAUCACUUUCACCAUCUGAAUCAAUUUCCCCAGGAAGUUUGAUUUUAAAUACUUCUUGUGACAAGGAUCUCUUCAUUUCAGGCAUUUCAUUGCACAAUGAUGGCACUUGUAGAGGAGGAUCUGGUUGUGUUACUUCCGUUCUAGGAGGGGAAUCAUGCUCUAUUGUUUCAGGUACUGGUGGCACAGCCACUUGUGGUUGAGCUUCUGUUUCCUUUAUUUCUGGAGGAGGUAAUACAUUUUGACUACUUUCUGUCACUGCUUUCAUUUUGAGGACAUUUGGUGCUUUCUUUUUUAUUGUUUUUUUAAUAACUUUUUUAGUCUUUUUAAUCAAUUUAAUUUUCUUCUUGAAUGGUUCAGGUGUGAUAGGGAAUAUUUCAAUGGAUGACCUGUUGGGUUCAUUUCUGUCAAAAUUUGUCUUUUCUCCAGGUACCAAUGGUUUGAUUUCUAUACCGCUUGGAACUCUAAGUUGCAGAUUUUCAGCUUCAAAUGGCACAUUAUGAUUUUCAAGUUUAUUACUUUCAAUGUCUACUUCCAUUGGCUUUUCAGUAAAAUUAGAAUUUCUGGAAUCAUUUUCAUCUUCAAUAUCAUGUGUUGUAUGAGGAGAAUCACUGGAUUUGUUCAUAUUCACUUCUUUAGUCAGUCUUUGUGAUGUUUUAAAUCUGGGGAGAUCAGAUAUAGAUAAGUUAGAAAUUUCAUUAGAAGAAUCUAGAAGAGGAAUAUUAUCAGUUCUAGGCUUUUUAAAUAACCCAUGUUCUUGGUCGGAAGAGUGUUUAUUGUUGCAUUUAUGAUUAACUGAAUCAUCCAUCUCAGUGAAAACUCUAUCACAACGUAAGCAAAGCAGGAAAAAACUUUGAGGAGAAUGUUUCUGAAGUUCAUCCAAUGACAUAUAAAUCUGAUUUGUAAUGUUAUGCUUUUCUCUAAGAUGCUCUUGUAAAACUUCUGGAGAUUGCGCCAUAAAUAAACAGUAAAGGCAUAUAUAUCUUCGGUGAAAUUCACGCAUGUGCAGAAAUAAAUCACAAUUUUCAUAAUAAGUACCACAUGUUGAGCAUAAAAAAACUUUUCUAGUAAGUUUAAUGUUAGCUGAAUUGACAUCGGGAGGAUGGGAAAUUUCACUACUAUGAGAAAUUAACUUACCAUUUUUUUUACAUUCAACUUGGUGUGUAUUUAAGGCACUCAUCGUUUGAAAAGUGGACAUGCCACAAUUUGAGCACUUGAAUUUAACAAUUGGCUGUAAACCUAAAUACUGCGCAUACUCUGGCUGGAGAGUGCUACAGUCAAUCUCAUCCCUAAAAUUCCUAAAUAAACCAAAACGGCUUUUGCUAUUUCUUUUCCAGGCUGGAUUAAAAGGAUUAUUUUUAAAAAGAGCCUUAUUAUCUGAGCUCAUACCUGUAAUAGUCCGUGUUGUUUUAAAACCUUUAUAUUGAAUUAAAAAUUGUUCACCCAAAUCACUGAUAUUCACUCUUUCUUCAGUUUUGGAAUUUUCUUCUUUUCUUUCAACUUGCUUUGUAGAUGGUUCUACUUUUUCGUUAGAAUCUACUGCGCCUUGUUCAUUAGUUUUUGUUUCUAACUUGAUUUCUUGAGGUUCUUGUAUAGCAACAUCAGAACUUUUUUCCUCCAUAUUUUCACUUAUAAUGCCUUCAUCUGAUGAGACCUUACAGAUGCCCACAGUGUCAUCAACUGAUUUUUCCUCUUGAACAAUAGCAUUUAUAUCACUAUCAAUUAAGGAGUCUGAAACUUCAUUAUUCACAACAGCAUCCUUAUCAAUUGAAAGGUUGUCUUCAGUUUCUGGUUCGGGUUCAGAAACAUUAACAAGACUUGGUUCAUUAACAGAUUUACUUUUUGAAUCAUCUUUAUCAGUUGCUGGCAAUGAGAGAGUGCAAUUAUUUAUUUCAGCAACUUCUUGGACAACAGAACUUUUACUUAUGUCUUCUUCAACUUCUAGUUCUUUUUGCUGUUCUGAUACAUCAGUUCCUAAACUGAGUUCUUCAUUAGGUAUCUUAACAGGAUCACAAUUAUCUGUGGAUAAGGGCAAAGGUGGAUUCUCAUCAAUCUUGCUCUCACAGAAAUUUGAAUCAUCUUUGUCUAUUAAACUAUCUUCACUAUCACUGGUUUCUGAAUCACUAGAACUAGCUGAAAAAUCAGAUGACAUGUUAUGACUAUCUUCAGAUUUUGUUACAUUAAAUUUUCUUUCCCUAGAUGAUGCCUCUGAACUGCUAGAUUUUGAACCAUUCUCUGACCCAGAAUCUUCAUCCUUAUGUUUACUGUUUUCAUCAUUAAUCGUAUCUCUAGUAUUUUCCGAAUAAACUGAUGACAAACUGUUUGUUGGACUAGAAGCUAAAUUUUGCUCUGGAACAUCAUUUUUUUUGUCAAUACAAUCACCAUUUAUGUUACUAAAACCUACGAAAUUCCUAAGUGAAUCACCAUCAGUAACACUCUUAUCAGAAUCAGAUACCAAAUUUUCUCUCACUGAAGGAAGUUUUGAUGACUCUGUAUCUUCACUCUCCUGCAUACAAAUGUUUUCCUCCUUAGGAAUGUCGCCUUGUGAUGGCAUAGAGAUCCCAUCACCGUCUUCCAUCUUGAUGUAAGCAAAUAACGUUAAUCUGCCAACAAAAAGGGAUAUUAAAAACAAUAUACUUCAAAUUCACAAUAAACAUAUUUAUCAAAUAUAACAGUUAACUAUAUGAGAUAGGUUAGAACAUCAUCAACAGUUCUUAAACACAAUAAUUUACAAAAUUUCCUUAGGAAGUUAGGAACACCUUACAGACGAACAUGGGAAUAGCCACCACACAUCAUUAUGAAAAUUAUUGUACUAAAAGCUCUUCUAAAGAAUAGUUAAAGAAAUAUAAACAAUACCUGUAAAUUAAAAAAAAGAAGAAGAUAGUAGCCACUAAAGGCAACAUUGGUCUUCAAUGUGGUUGUGUUGUAGUGUAGAGUUGGACUUCAUUACUGUCUGAAAGUUGAAAUGGUUGAAACAUCAGUAGUUAGUCCUGCAGCACCUGCUGCAGGCAAUAAGAAGGCGAGCUCAACCAGAAAGCCUCAGCGUAGGAAUUACAAUCUUGGUUCCGGAGUUUACAGGUUUAGCAGAACUCGCAUGUUUCAUAAGAAGGCCUUGUGGAAAUUUAUUGGUAAGAAAACCCCUAAGACCCCACGUCCCAAAAGGAAAACUACUCUUGAAAAAAAAAUUGGUGGUGAGAAGAAUGGAGGUACUCGUACUGUCUAUUUAAAGAAGAGGACAAAAUCUUAUCCUACCACUAACAAGGUGAGAAAACACCCAAGCAAAACAUAUUUUUCUCAGCACAAGAGACGAUUCCGUGCAUCACUAAAACCCGGUGCUAUUGUGAUUCUGCUUGCUGGACUGCACAAAGGAAAAAGGGCAGUACUUUUAAAAAAUAUGGCUAGUGGACUUCUCCUUGUUUCUGGUCCAUUCUCUUUGAAUGGAGUACCUCUUAGAAGAAUACAUCCCAACUAUGUUAUAGCCAGUUCAACUCAAAUUGAUCUGUCUGGUGUUAAAUUGCCUGAGCAUAUGAAUGAUAGGUACUUCAAGAGAGUUAAAGCAAAAAAGGCCAAGAAAACUGAUGGUGAAAUCUUUGCUGCUAAAAAAGAAAUCUACAAACCAUCCGAACAGAGGAAGACCGACCAGAAAGAGGUAGACAAACAGAUUUUGCAGGCUAUUAAGAAACAUGAACAUAGUCUACUUCUAAGGAAGUACCUGUGCACAAUGUUUGGCCUUCGAAGCAGUCAGUAUCCUCACAGGAUGAAAUUUUAAUUUGUUUUCAAUCUGUUUUAUAUGUAAAAAUCUGAAAACUAAUUAUUUUUCUGUUAGUAUAAGAAGUUUUUCUGUUAAGUAAUAAUAAAACUUCAUAUACUAUCAAUU